GACUGAUGCGGAAUGUGUCUUCGGCAGGACCCGAUGGCCAGUUACGACGUCAACAGCCGCGACACGGACCCGCAGCCGCGCUACGACCUCAACGACAGCAACCGGCACGGCACGCGCUGCGCCGGCGAGGUGGCCGGCGGCGCCAACAACUCGCUGUGCGCCGUCGGCGUCGCCUUCGAGGCCAACAUCGGCGGUGUGCGGAUGUUGGACGGCGAGGUGACGGACGCGGUGGAGGCGCGCUCGCUCAGCCUGAACCAGCAGCACAUCGACGUGUACAGCGCCAGCUGGGGACCGGACGACGACGGCGAGACGGUCGACGGGCCCGGCGAGCUGGCCAGGCGCGCCUUCAAGGAGGGCAUCAUCAACGGCCGUGGCGGCAAGGGCUCCAUCUUCGUCUGGGCCUCGGGCAACGGCGGCCGCGAGCGCGACAACUGCAACUGCGACGGCUACACCAACAGCCUGUGGACGCUGAGCAUCAGCAGCGCCACCGAGAACGGCCACGUGCCCUGGUACUCGGAGGCGUGCAGCUCGACGCUGGCCACCACCUACAGCUCCGGCUCGGGCCUCGAGAAGCAGAUCGUGACCACGGACCUGCACCGCGGCUGCACCACCACCCACACGGGCACCUCGGCCUCGGCGCCGCUGGCGGCCGGCAUCUGCGCACUCGCCCUGCAGGUGAACGAGCGGCUGACUUGGCGCGACAUGCAGCACAUCGUGGUGCGCACGGCGCGCCGCGCCAACCUGCAGGCGCCCGACUGGGUCACCAACGGCGUCGGCCGCAACGUGAGCCAUUCGUUCGGCUACGGCCUGAUGGACGCCACGGCCAUGGUGAACCUGGCGCGCCGCUGGACGCCCGUGCCCGAACAGCACAAGUGUGAGACGCCCUCCAGCCACGUCGACAAGCUGGUGCCGCCUCACAGUAUGGUGGUGCUGACGCUGACGGUGGCCCAGUGUCCUAGCGUCAAGUACAUGGAGCACGUGCAGGCCCGCAUCAGCCUGGAGGCCACGCGGCGCGGUGACAUCAAGGUGUUCCUGACCUCGCCGGCCGGCACCACCAGCACACUGCUGGACAAGCGGCCGCACGACUCGUCCCGGGCUGGCUUCAGGGAGUGGCCGUUCAUGACGACCCACAACUGGGACGAGUCGCCGCUGGGCACCUGGUCGCUGAAGAUCCACAACGACGGCCGCUACUCAGCGACCGUUUCUGACUGGACGCUGGUGAUGUUCGGCACCGAGGUGCAGGCUGGCACGGCGCCGCCGCCGCAGCCGCCGCCGCCGGCGCCCACGCCCAGCUCGGACCGGUCGUCGGCGGCGCCGGCCGCCAGCCAGCCGCCGCCGCUGGCCAGGCUGCCCGGUUGCCUGCGCGCCCAUCCGGAGAGCCUGCUCUGUCUAGAGUGCGAGCGGCGAAAGCUGCUGUCGGAUGGCGCGUGCCUCGCGUCCUGUCCGGCCAAGACGUACGCCGAUCAGGAGGGCCUCGCCUGCCUGCCGUGCCACUACACGUGCGCCGUCUGCAGCGGGCCCAACGACUACCAGUGCUCGGCCUGCCACGGCGACGCCUCGCUCACGGCCGGUCAGCUCGGCACCGCCUGCCUCAAUACCGAGCUGUUGGCGCGCGCGCGCGCCGCCGACCGCUACGCGCAGCGGUUCACGCACUAA